AUGCCCCCGAAACAAACACAAAAGACAGCGAAUUCGAAAGCUUCCAACAAGUCCACCAAGACAAUGAGCAACAACAACAGUAACCAAGCCCCGCAAGGCAUCUCGGAACAUGAGAUCAAACAGAACUCGGGUGUCUCUGCCACCAUGGCCUUGCAAGCGACACAAAAGCAUGGGAAUUGA